GAGCGCUCCAUUUCAACAACUGCUUUCAACGAAAAAUUGAAUUAGCGCUGAUAAAGAUGGAUAGACUUGCAUGGAUCUCUCUAGUCAUUUUGGUAAUAUCGUGUGUUGACUCCAUCUCUGGUUAUGGUGGCUGCAAACCACAAGCAUGCACGACUCACUACGAAUGUCCUGGCGAAUAUAACCGUUGCUACAAUGACGUCUGCUGUAAAUGUAAUUGCAGAAAUAAAACACAACAAUGCGUGGCACAAGAAAACGGAUGGUUAUGCAACUGUACUGGAACUGGCUACCAUGGACCAAAAUGUGAAUGCCAAGACACUCUAUGUGAUGACGUCUACGGCAUGCUUAAAAAUUGCACAGAGUUUACAACACGUUUUGUAACACUCAAUGAAAUAAAGUAUUCAGAACAUGGUAAAACUAAAACAGCACCAAGCGUAUUCAACGGCGUGUCUUCAUUAGCGGACUGUGUUUAUCAUUCAGUUGAACUUCAGUGUCAGUUUGCCACUUUAGUCGGACAGAAAUGUACCAUCUACGCAGGCACGGCAGCGAUUCACGGUGGACAGUUUCAACACACAGAUGCGCAUACUACAGUUGUGAGAGAGUGUAGAGUAUGCAAUUGAAAAUUAAAAAGACUCACAAAUGCCCCUUACGUUGAACAUUUAAACAUAGACUUAAAAUAGAAGUUAUUAUUCAAAAAUGUGAAAUGUGGGUAUAAAAUAAAUG